AUAGAAACCUAUUCACAAAAAUGACAUCCUGGUUGUAUGAAUGUCUUUGUGAAGCUGAACUUGCACAGUAUUACCCUCAUUUUACUGCCCUUGGCCUUCAAAAAAUAGAUGAAUUAGCCAAGGUUACAAUGAAAGACUACUCCAAAUUGGGAGUCCAUGACAUGAAAGACCGCAAACGUCUCUUUCAACUUAUCAACAUCAUUAAGAUUAUGCAGGAAGAGGAUAAAGUAGUCAGUAGCCCAGAGCACCUUCAGUACAUCAAGCCUCAGGAAUCCAGAUCUGGCCCUCGCAGGCAACUACAUUUUGAUUCUCCUGCUGACAACAAAGACAGAACUACCAGCAAUGAUGGGUUUGAAAUGUGCAACUUAACAGAUUUUUCUGCAAGUGAACAGAAGUCUAGUUACCUAAAAGUGCUGCAGCACAUGCUACCAGAAGAUUCCCAAUACCACACAAAAACAAGAAUCCUGAAUGCCACAGCUGCUGAUGCCCAUGUGCAAACAGAAACUAACACUUCGCUCUUUUCAUCAAAUCAUUUUUCUCCAAUACUAGGGGAUUGUGAUAGUCCCAUCGUUCAAAGAGUCUCUCAUGUUUCAGGGUAUAAUUAUGGAAUCCCUCAUUCUUGUAUCAGACAUAGCACCUCAGAGAAAGAGAAUCCUUGGACUGAGAUGGAGAAAAUAAGAGUUUGUGUUCGAAAGCGCCCUCUGGGCAUGAGGGAGGUACAUCGUGGAGAAAUUAAUAUUAUUACUGUAGAAGACAAAGAAACUCUACUUGUUCAUGAGAAGAAAGAAGCAGUUGACCUCACACAAUAUAUUCUGCAGCAUGUUUUUUAUUUUGAUGAAGUCUUUGGUGAGGCAUGCACCAAUUGGGAGGUAUACAUGAAGACUACUCACCCACUCAUUCAGCAUAUUUUCAAUGGAGGCAAUGCCACUUGCUUUGCAUAUGGACAAACAGGCGCUGGAAAGACCUACACCAUGAUAGGAACUCAUCAGAACCCAGGACUGUAUGCUCUUGCUGCCAAAGAUAUCUUCAGGCACCUAGAAGUGUCCCAGCCAAGAAGGCACCUCUUUGUGUGGAUCAGCUUCUAUGAAAUCUACUGCGGACAGCUUUAUGACCUCCUAAACAGAAGAAAAAGGCUCUUCGCAAGAGAAGAUAGCAAGCACAUGGUACAGAUAGUGGGACUGAAGGAGCUUCAGGUGGAUAGUGUGGACCUUCUCUUAGAGGUGAUCCUGAAAGGCAGCAAGGAGCGCAGCACUGGGGCCACUGGAGUUAAUGUAGACUCCUCCCGCUCCCAUGCUAUCAUCCAAAUUCAGAUCAAAGACGCAGCCAAGAGGAUAUUUGGCAGGAUCUCUUUUAUUGACUUGGCUGGCAGUGAAAGAGCAGCUGAUGCCAGAGACUCAGAUAGACAAACAAAGAUGGAAGGUGCAGAAAUAAACCAGAGUCUUCUGGCUCUGAAGGAAUGUAUCAGAGCAUUGGAUCAGGAACACACCCACACUCCCUUCAGGCAAAGCAAAUUAACUCAGGUCCUGAAGGACUCUUUCAUUGGCAAUGCCAAAACCUGCAUGAUUGCCAACAUCUCACCAAGCCACGUGGCCACUGAACACACUCUGAAUACCUUGCGCUAUGCUGACAGGGUCAAAGAACUAAAGAAAGGCAUUAAGUGUAGCACUUCAGCUACCAGUCGAAAUAGGACAUCUGGAAACUCUUCUCCGAAACAAAUUCAGACCCCCGCUGUGGUCCCACCAGACAAGUGCUCUCCAAAACGAGUCAAGCUGGGGCUUCAGCAGUCGCUCACCAUGGCACAUGGCUCCACAAGAGGGAAGGCCCGUCCUCUGGCCAGCCACUCACCCAACAUCCCUUUUGCAUCUCUACCCAAAGUCCCUGGUAAAAGGCACGGCUCCAGAGGGAGUUCUCCCCAAGAGUGGGUCCUUCCAGCCAGCCCUGUCAAGGGGAGCACACGGUCUGGACAUUUAACCAAAACGAGAACAGAAGAGUCAGCUCCACUGUACUCUGAGAAAAAUCAAAUUGGCAACAAAACUUCCAGCAGGGUGGAAAGCAGGGCCCCUGGCCCAGGCCUGGUGCAUUGCAAACCACACUCCAAGUGCAGGAACGUGCCGACCGCGCGGCCAGUGCAGAAGCAGUUUGUGUCACAAGUUGCGCUCUCCUUUGGCAACAUCUGCCACUUAGCAGAGUACAGUCAGGGCAGCUGGGCAGGUAUGCCUGCCAGGCCAGCAUCUGAGGCUUGGACAAGCAUCCCUCCACGCCAGCAGGAAAGGGAGGAACAUUUGCGCUUUUAUCACCAGCAGUUCCAGCAGCCACCUCUCCUCCAACAGAAGUUACAGCACCAGCCACUGGAAAGGUUUUUAUGCAGAACCCUAGAGGGGCGGCUCCAGAGUGAGGCCCCUCCUUCCUUCUGCUCUUAUUCCGAGAACAGUGAUGGAGCCCAAGUUGAGGACCUUGAUGACAGUGAUUUCAGUGAAGAUUCUUUCUCACAUGUGUCCAGUCAGAGGACCACAAAGGAGAGAAACACCCUGGAGACUAAUGAAGGCUCAUUCUUCCUUCAUCAGAGGGAACAAGGUCCUGAUGAGCAGGUGGCCGAAAGGCAGCUGAGUCUGUUUUUCAGCCCUCAGACAGAUGAUAAUGGUCAAAGAGGAAACUGGAUGUUUUCCAGGGACCCCACGAGCCACAGAAGAGCAGCACUGAAUUAUGGUCACAGCCCAAGUACGGUGCCCUUGGACUGGAGCAAAGAGAAGGACUCCACCUCCUCAGGGUCUUCUCCAAUGGAGAACCUGGCAGAGAAGCCUUACUGCUCACAGGUAGACUUUGUAUGUAGCCAGAAAACAGAUGGCAGCCCAGCCUUUGAUCUCAGACAGGAUGCCUUCAGAAGUGAAGGUCCUGGGCAGGCUGAGGGCAGCUCAUCAUCCCUGGAGGAAGGUGGUUUCACUUUCUCACUAUGCCAAGUUACAGUUCCUGGAUCCCCAGGCCAAAGAGACCCAGUCAGCACACCUCUGAGAGAAGUCAGCGAAGAUAGGCUGGCUCUGGCAACCAGAACAAUGAAAAACAAUAACCCUUUCCAAGGAGAAGGCUCUAGAGGGGAACUAGGCACGUGUUCCGAAUGUGCUUCUGGACUGAUGGCUCCUCUCACUGUGUCCCUCCUGGAGAACCUAGACCAUGAGUGCUCUCCUCCUUUGGACCAUCUGGCCAAGGAUGAGGCUGCACACAGUCUACUGGCAGUGGGUACAAAGGGGCCAGCUGGGAGCUACACAGGGUCAUCUGGUGAUCAAGAGGCAGUCCUGCCAGUGUCUUUAGCAACUGGGCACCUGUGGCUGUCAUCAUCUCCCCCUGACAACAAGCCUGGUGGUGAUCUUCCAGCUCUGUCCCCAUCACCCAUCCAUCAACACCCAGCUGACAAGCUGCCCAACAGGGAGGCUGACCUGGGGGAGGUCUGCCAGAGCAGAGAGAUUGCACUCUACUCCCAGCAACACGGAGACAGAGCACAGUAUGAUGCCAAUGCUGAGGGGACAGAGCUGGGCAGCUCCCAGGGUUUCCCAGGAAAGCCCUUCCCCAACACACAUAGUGGGGUACCCCACGGUGAGCCUACACUCAUUCCACAAACAGGAAGUAGUGAUGUGGCUGACCAGCCCUGGGCCCAGGACAGAAGGCAUCCAACAGGGCUCUACUGGCAGGAGCCAGGUGUGCGCACAGACCCUGUCAAGUUGCCCUGCUACAAUGAGGACAUUACGUGGCUCAAAUGCAGGAUGAUCCCCAGGUGCUUAGCAAAGGCAGGCUCUUCCCUGGUCCCCAGCUGCUCUCCCAAGACGGCAGGGACACUCCAUCAGCCCACCCUGGGGCAUGCACAGCAAGCGGUCAUCCAAGCACACCAGGAACAGCUGGAUGAAAUGGCGGAGCUGGGCUUCAAGGAGGAGACCCUGAUGAGCCAACUGGUUCCUAAUAAUUUUGAAGAUUUUGUGACCCAGUUGGAUGAAAUCAUGGUUCUGAAAUCCCAGUGCAUCCAGAGUCUGAGGAGCCAGCUGCAGCUGUACCUGGCCUGCCAUGGGCCACAGCCUACUGCAGCCCCUGAGAAAACAAUGGUGUCUGAGAGCAAGGUCCAGUCUAGGGUGGCAGGAGCAGCUCAGGAAGCUGUGCUGGGCUCUCAGGGACUGGAUGGGCCUCUGCCAGGUCCUCUCUGCAGAUACCAGAACCCAUUCCUCAACCACAUAUGGCCUUGGUUGGGCCCCAGCUCCUCUCUCAGGACCAAGCCAGUGUCCCUCAGUUCCCAGCACAGGAGCAUCUGUAAGAAAGGAUAG